AUGGUUAUGAUGGGUGGCAUGGACUCUGCAACUUUCCAGAAGCAUAAGUCUUUGAAUUCACAAUUAGAAGAGAUCCUCUCUAGAGAACAAAUUUAUUGGCGUAAGAAAUCCAGAGAUUUAUGGUUGAGUGAUGGGGAUCGUAAUACCAAAUUCUUUCAUGCCUUGACCAAAUUGAAACAUCAACGUUGUCAGAUCUCUUCCAUUCAUAAUUCUGAUGGGGUUGUUUUAACUAAAGAAUCAGAUAUAGUUAAUGAAGGCGUCCGGUUUUUUAAGUCCUUGCUCUCUGAGGAAUCUUCUAUUUUUUGUGACAAUUUUACCUCUUUCAUUCCUAAGCUUAUGACAGUGGAGGAUAAUGCUAUGCUCAUGGCCCCCUUUUCCAUUCAAGAAGUCAAAGAUAUUGUCUUCUCUAUGUCUCCUGAGAAAGUGCCUAGUCCUGAUGGUUUUACUGUUCUCUUUUUUCAAAAAUGUUGGUCCUUUCUUGGGGAGGAUCUUCAUUUGGUUUUAGAAGAAGCUAGAUGUAAUCAAACUAUGUUAAGGGAUGUCAACUCAACUAUAAUUGCUCGUAUCCCGAAGUGUGAGAAUCUUGUAUCUUUUAUGGACUUUCGCCCAAUUGCGUUAUAUAUGAUGAAGGCUUAUGACAGGGUUAAUUGGCAGGCUUUAUUGUCUGUGCUCUCUAAAUUUGAGUUUGGAGUAAAAUGGGUUGAAUGGAUUCGGGCUUGUAUUAGUACUGCUAGGUUUUCAAUAUUAUUGAAUGGUUCCCCAUGUGGCUUUUUUGCCUCUUCUAGAGGCCUUAGGCAAGGGGAUCCACUAUCUCCUUUUUUGUUUAUCAUUCUGGUCGAAGCCUAUAGUAGGGCUAUUUCAUGUGCUAGGGAGAGGGGCCUGUGGAAAGGGAUUUCCAUUCCUCGUAUGUCCAUACCCCAUACUCAUUGUUUCUUUGUGGAUGAUACUUUACUAUUUGGAUUAGCUUUUAUGAGGGAAGCUCAGUCCAGGUUGUCUCGUUAUUGGGGUUUUUCGGUGGGUCCAUUUCCUUGCAAAUAUUUAGGGUUGCCAUUUUACACUGGUUCUGAGAAGCACAAUUUUUGGGAACGAGUUUCUGGGGCUAUCUCAUCUAAAAUUCUUUCUUGGUCCCAUAAGUGGUCAACUUUUUCUGGUAAAAUUGUGCUUAUUAAAGCAGUCUUAAAUGUGAUUCCUAUCUAUUUGUUAUCCAUUUUAAAGGCUCCGAAAAAAAUUGUGGGGGCUCUUCAUUCAAUUGUGAGAUCCUUUUUAUGGAAUAAUAAUGUUGAUAAGACAAAAAGGAUCUCCUUGUUGGCCUGGGAUAGGGUUUGUGCUCCUAAAGAUAAAGGAGGUGCUGGGAUUAGGGAACUUGGUAAGCAGAAUUUGGCACUUGGUGCUAAGUUGGUUUGGAAAUUUUAUAAGCAGCCUACCUCUAAAUGGGCAUCCAUUUUAUCUGCUAAAUACUUGCCUAAUUGUUCUAAGGAGGUUGUCUUCACUACUUCUGCUCUUCCCAAAGGAUUUGUGAUCUGGAAUUUUAUGAAUGAAUGCAGAUUUGUGAUUUUUCCAGGCUUGUCUUGGCUUAUUCAUAAUGGUCGUAAGGCUAGGUUUUGGGAUGAGGUUUGGAAUGGCUUCCCUAUUAUGUCUAGUCUUAGGGACAGGUCGUCCCUUAUGCCCAUCCUUAAAUCCUCUUGGGGCAUUUUUGUGGCGGAUUAUUUCUUUGUUGACUCCUCGGGUUCCCUGCAAGUGGCAAAGUGGAAAUCAAUUGCUUCUCUUCUAGUGGGUCAGGACAUUAAAUCUGCAUUUGAGGAUGAGCUUAAGAAACGUCCAUUACUCUUCUCGGGGAAGGAUGAUGAGCUCAUCUGGACUUUUUCAAAAUCUAGGGAAUAUUCAGUUAAAGAAGGUUAUAAUUUUUUAUCUUUAGAUGUUAAGAGGGAAGUUUUGCCAUUUAAACUAUUCUGGCAUGCUGUCCGCUUGCCCAAAGUAGGGGCUUUUGCUUGGCUGGCUAUUCAGGAUAGAAUUCUUACUGGUAUGAGAUUAGAUAGGUUGGGUAUUACUGUGUCACGACCUCCAAUUAAUAGAAAGGAAGUUGUUUGGUUGCCUCCUCCAGUUUCAAAAGUUAAAUUGAAUUUUGACGGUGCCUCUCGUGGCAACCCUGGUAAAUCUGCUAUUGGAAUUGUGGUCUCUGAUGCUAGGGCAGCUAUCAUUUCAACUCAAUGUAAAUGUAUUGCUUAUGGUACUAACAAUGUGGUGGAACUACAUGCUCUUUCGUUAGGCCUGGAUUUGCUUCUUUUAUUAUAUUUGUUGGAUGUUGUUAUUGAGGGUGACUCUCAGGUAGUUUUCUACAUGGUUACAAAUCGUUCUUCCCAUUCUUGGCAUUUAAAGUAUUGGUUGAAUAAGAUUCUUGAUCAACUUGUGUUGUUUAAUUCUUUCUGA